GCUGUGAUAUUGGUGCCCAUUGCUUAGCUCUAACUUUUCAUACCUUUUCAUUGCUUCUAAAUAAAUACUUGAUAAAACUCUUCUCAUAUUUAGGAUAAACAAACACGCAACGACAUUCAAAAGCGUAGACUGACAUACAAUAUAUCCAGCUGCCAUGGCACUAUGCAGAGGAAUGCUGUGGACCCUUAUAUUUCUUGGAUUUAUUUUUCUCAUCAUGUCCGUUUACGGAUGGGACAGGUUCCAUCGAAAAAGAGCUGAAAGGAUGCAUAACUUACAGGAAGGGAGAAAACAGCUGCUAAAAGAAAUCUGUGAAAAUGACAAAGAGGCCAUUUCUAAGGGGGAACACAGUCUUGAAGACUUGAGUGACAGUGAACUGGAGAACCUCAUUGUGGAUGACAAGCACGGCAUCAUCUACUGUUACAUUCCCAAGGUUGCAUGUACCAACUGGAAGAGGGUGAUGUAUGUACUGAAACACGGGGAGCCAUAUCAGGAGCCUAGUUCCAUAUAUGAUCAGUACGUUCAUGGCCUUGACACCUUACGUCUUUUAAGCAGCUACCCAAGAAUAGAGAGGAAGGCAAAGCUGAAGCACUACACCAAAUUCCUGUUUGUACGGGACCCGUUCGUCCGUCUCAUCUCCGCCUUCCGAGACAAAUUCGAAGAUUCGAAGAACGACUACUACUAUAAGCCCCUCAGCCAACACAUCCAGCGUCUCUACGCCAGCCAGCCUUAUCCGCCACGCAUUACAUUUAACAACUUUAUUCAAUAUCUUAUUGAGCAGAGUGAGCAGAAUCUGCCCCUUAAUGCUCACUGGAGGCAGAUGCACCGUCUUUGCCACCCCUGCCUCAUACAGUAUGAUUUCAUUGGCCAUGUGGAGACUCUACAGGAGGAUGCUGAACAGCUACUGAACACCUUAAAGCUGCAGAACGACAUUAAGUUCCCUCCUUCCUAUGUCAACCUUACAACUGCUGAGUCUUUGUCAGGCUGGUUCAGAAAUGUGCCUCUAGUGGAAAGGAUGAAGCUGUACAAGCUCUAUGAAACUGACUUUAAGAUGUUUGGCUACAGAAAGCCAGAUGAAUUGCUUGAUGGUUGAGAGGAAGUCAUGAGAACUUUAUUCCUCUCUAUGAAACCAAUAAGCACAAAAGCCACAGCAGUCACUGCUCAGCCAAGAGCAAACAAUCGUUUUCUGUAUGAAGGGACAACAAUUCAAUAAAAGUAACUUAAUACAAGAAGCAAUCAAAAAACUGUUUAAUUAAAGAAAAAGAGUUGCAGAGAAAAUCUGUCCUAGCUGGAGAAGAUUAGAGCUCUCAUACCUGGAGUGUAUCAGGAGGUCUGACCGCAAACAUACAAAGAGAAUACAUCAUAAUCAUAAAGUCAUCUGUAUAAUAUUCCUGUGAGUAACUGAUGGUGAAAUGUUCGCUCUGCUUGAAGUGAAAACCUCUUUUCUCAGAGUGUCAUUCUGUUUUAGACAGGAAUCUGAACUAGGCGCACAGAGUACCGUGCAGUCUGUGUAUCUUCUACUAUAAAUAAUGUUAGUUGAAAGAAAACACUGAGUGUGAGUGGAGUCAGAUUUUUCUCUGAACCAUGGUUCUUCUUUCUUUACUCCUCAUGGCUUCUCCCUCAAUGCUUUCCUUGACCUUGUGAAGUUUCCUUUCGGAGUCAAUGAGCAGUGGUUGGGAAAGGAGAUUAGUUUGACUUGACGAAUGUCUCCAUGUAAGACAGUUCUCUCUUUGUUACAGCUCUCUGCCUCCUCUUAAAUACAGGACAAAAUAUUUGUAUGUAAUGUGGGACUAGACACAGCAUUAAAGUAAUGAAGUUAUUCUGAGAAGUGAUGGCCUAUUUCAAUGGCAAGAUAAAAAAAAUCGACAGAAGAAUGAGGAAGUGUAGUGCAUUCACUUGAAAAAAUACUCAACAUUAUCAAGUCCAAAUCCCGUUCAAGAAUGACAUUCUUUUACAUGUACAUUCCUGUUUGAGAACAACACUGAGUCAUUCAGUUUAGAUUAAGAUUAAGAUGCAUUUACUAGUCCCAAACACAUGCACAGGCACACUCAUGCAGGUAGGGAAAUUUAACCUCUGCUUUUGACCCAUCUGGUGCAGGACGCACAGAGCAGUGAGCGACCAUGUAUGGCGCCCGGGGAGCAGAUGUUGGGGGAGUAAGGUGCCUUGCUCAGGGGCACUAGACAGGAUACGGAGAAUCCUCUUGGAUUUUUGGACAGAUCAAUCCAGGUUCGUCUUUUUGUUGUUUCUUCCUGGAGUCGAACCAGAGACGAACCAGAGACCCUUUCUGCCCAUAGUCCAAAUUUCUGCCACUAGUCCACCGCCUCUCCGCAACCUAAAGCACUUUAUCUUUGUCUUUUAGGAUGUCACAUCUUUGAUGGUUAAAAGGCCUAUGUGAAAAAUCAUGUUUGUCCAGAAUAGGCAUUCUAUUUUUGCCAGUUGGUGUUUGAUUUUGUAUUGU